GCUCGGGCUCCGAGUCCAGCUCCCGGCUGCCGCCGCCGCCACCGCCUCUAGACUGGGAGGGCCCCGCCGGUCCCUGCGGAGCCCCCGAGCCUUGGGGCCUUGACCUGACUGCCCUGUCCCUAGCCCCCAGGACAUCAUGCUUUCAGCCAAGGAGAAGGCCAAGGGUCCAAAGGACAGCAUGACACUCCUGCCGUGUUUCUACUUUGUGGAGCUCCCCAUUGUCGCCUCUUCCAUUGUGACCCUUUACUUCUUGGAGCUGACCGACCUUUUCAAGCCAGCCAAGGUGGGCUUCCAGUGCUACGACCGGACCUUGUCCAUGCCCUACGUGGAGACCAGUGAGGAGCUUAUCCCACUGCUCAUGCUCUUAAGCCUGGCCUUUGCUGCCCCAGCUGCCUCUAUCAUGGUCGGGGAAGGCAUCGUUUACUGUCUCCAGUCCAAGCUGAAGGGCCGCACCAACGCGGAGGGGAGCAUCAAUGCUGGGGGCUGCAACUUCAACUCUUUCCUGCGUCGGACAGUCCGCUUUGUAGGCGUCCAUGUAUUUGGCCUGUGUGCCACAGCCCUGGUCACUGACAUCAUCCAGUUGGCCACAGGCUACCAUGCUCCCUUCUUCUUGACAGUCUGCAAGCCCAAUUAUACCUUGCUAGGCAUCUCCUGUGAUGCCAACCCUUACAUCACCCAGGACAUCUGUUCCGGCCAGGAUGCUCAUGCCAUCCUCUCUGCCAGGAAGACCUUCCCAUCCCAGCAUGCCACCCUUUCGGCUUUCGCAGCUGUCUAUGUGUCGAUGUACUUUAACUCCAUCAUCUCGGAUAGCACCAAGCUGCUCAAACCCAUCCUGGUCUUUGCCUUUGCUAUUGCUGCGGGGGUGUGUGGCCUUACCCAGAUCACACAGCACCGAAGCCACCCCAGUGAUGUCUACAGUGGCUUCCUCAUCGGUGCCGGCAUUGCUGCCUACCUGGCCUGCCACGCAGUGGGUAACUUCCGGGCCCCACUGGAGAAGCCCCCAGCCCCACCACCAGCCAAGGAUGCCCUUCGGGCCCUGACCCAGAGAGGCCAUGACUCUGUCUACCACCAGAACAAGUCAGUCAGCACAGAUGAGCUGACACCACAGACCCGACUUGAGGGCGUGCCCCGGCCAGUGCCACGGGAGAAGACGUCGCUGGGCAGUCUCAAGCGUGCCAGUGUAGACGUAGACCUUCUGGCCCCUCGGAGCCCCAUGGGCAAAGAGAACAUGGUAACCUUCAGCAACACCCUGCCCCGGGUCAACACCCCAUCCCUGGAUGACCCUGCCCGCCGCCACAUGACCAUCCACGUGCCCCUGGAUGCCUCCCGCUCCAAGCAGCUCAUCACUGAAUGGAAACAGAAGUCUCUGGAGGGGGGACGGGCCCUGGCCCUGGCUGAGGAGGUUGGACCAGGCCAUCUCCGAGGGGCUGCAGAGCCCAUGGCCGAGGAAGAAGAGGAAGAGGAGGAGGAAGAAGAGGAGGAAGAGGAAGAGGAGGAGGAGGAGGAGGGGGGCCCCAUCCCGCCUUCCUUGUACCCGACCGUGCAGGCCCGGGCUGGGGCCGAAAGGGCAGGGCUGGGGCCCCGGGUGCUCCUGCCGCCACGGGCUGGUGCCCCCCCAUUGGUGCAUAUCCCCGAGGAGAGUCAGGCCACGGCCAGCAGCCCAGCAAGCGCCAGCCUCUCCCCCAAGAGCAGCUCAGCCGUGAGGGCCAAGUGGCUCAUGAUGGCCGAGAAAGGGGGAGCCUCUGUCACGGCCCCACCGCGCGUGGCCAACCCACCCCGGCUCCUGCAGGUCAUUGCUAUGUCCAAGGCACCAGGCAUGGGGCCUGGGGGUCCGCCGGGCCCGAAGGCGGCCGAAACAGCUUCGUCCUCGAGUGCCAGCUCUGACUCCUCCCAAUACCGCUCGCCCUCGGAGCGCGACAGCGGCAGCAUAGUCACCAUUGAUGCGCAUGCCCCCCACCACCCUGUCGUGCACCUGUCCUCUGGCAACGGGCCCUGGGAGUGGAAGGCAGCUGCCGGGGCCAAAGGUGCUGAGCUUGGGAGUGAUACCUAUGAGCUGGGGGAGCUGGCGGGCCGUGAUUACCGGGCUGGGGGCAGCUUCCGGGCCAGCAAGGCCCCUGGUGUGUCCCCCGGAUCUUCCAUCAGUGACGUGGACCAGGACGAACCACCGCGUUUCACCGGCGUAGCCACCGUCAACCUGGCCACAGGCGAGGGGAUGCCGACCCCAGGCGAAGGGGUGCUGGGACCCGCCAGCAGGGAGUCCACUCUUCGGCGCAAACCUGGCAGCCUAGCGCUGUCUGAAAGGGAUGGGCACGGAGAAUCUGAGGCUGAGAGUUACUACAAGAAGAUCCCAGCUGGCCGCCGGUUUAAGGACUGAGAACCCAGCCUGGGGGCUGGAUCCCAGCCACCACUAUCCGUCGGCUUGUUUGCCCUGGUCCAGGGAGACUCUGUCUCUUGGUGCUCAGGGCUCAGAGCCAGGCAUUCAUGCUGUGGGCAGAUCUGUUGCCCAGGGGACCAGGAGAUGGUAAGGAUGGGGCAGGGGACAAAGAAGAGGGCUGGGGAGGGGAAUUUGCUUCAACUAAUGGCCUCCCCAGACCUUAGGGCCUGAAGAGGCAUGGGGAAAAGGGGCGAUACCAAACCCCCUGAUGGGUGGGAGGGGACACAGUGGAUUUUAUCAAAGGGAUAACUGUAAAUAGGAAAUGGUGGGGAAGGGUGAAAGGGGGAGGGUGGAGUAGGGACUUGGGGCACUGCUCAUGGGGUGGCAUGGGUCUGGGUGGGUGAGAGGACAUGGGGGCUAGAAGGCAGAGUCCAGCAUUGAUUGUAAAAUACCAUACAAUACAAAGUUUGGUGAAAAAUAAAGAUUUCCAAACACCA